AUGGGGAAAGAGAAUGUCGUAUCAGAGAACAUGAAGCUUCUUCUAGCAUUGCUCGCUCUUCAGUUCUGCUUUGCAGGAUUUCACAUUGUGUCUAGGGUUGCACUCAACAUUGGCAUCAGCAAAGUCGUUUAUCCUGUUUACAGGAACAUCAUCGCCUUGAUUUUGUUGGGCCCUUCCGCUUAUUUCUUGGAAAAGAAGGACAGACCACCUCUUACUUUCUCUUUGCUGGUUCAGUUCUUUCUUCUUGCGCUGUUAGGGAUAACUGCAAACCAAGGAUUUUAUCUAUUGGGCCUGUAUUAUGCAUCACCUACCUUUGCCUCGGCAAUGCAAAAUUCUGUUCCUGCGAUAACGUUUGUCAUGGCUUCUGCUUUAAGACUCGAACAAGUUCAUAUUGCUAGAAGGGAUGGCUUGGCGAAAGUUGUAGGAACAAUUGCUAGUGUUGGGGGUGCCACAACCAUCACUCUCUACAAAGGCCUUCCUCUUUUGCACCAGAAGCUGACACAAGGCAACAUAGCCGAAGAAGACACGACUGUGACGCUAAUCCAGAAUUGGACAUGGGGUUGCAUAUACUUGCUCGGGCACUGCUUAUCAUGGGCUGGUUGGAUGGUUCUUCAGGCUCCAGUCUUGAAGAAGUACCCAGCAAAACUCACUCUCACAUCAUUUACUUGUUUCUUCGGGUUGAUCCAGUUCUUGGUCAUAGCAGUGUUCAUGGAAACCGACACCGAGCGCUGGAAAAUCCAGUCUGGAGAGGAGCUGUUUACGAUUCUCUACGCGGGAAUUGUUGCUUCUGCAGUAGUCCUCUCUCUGCAGACCUGGUGCAUCCACAAAGGAGGUCCCGUCUUUGUUGCCGUUUUCCAGCCUGUGCAGACGCUUCUAGUCGCUGUCAUGGCUAUCUUCACUUUCGGGGAUCAACUCUACUCUGGAAGGCUUCUUGGAGCGGUUCUGAUUUCGUUAGGGCUUUACUCGGUUCUAUGGGGCAAAACGGAGGAGAGAAAGAUGGAAGUCCAACAUAAGGAAGGGACACUAACAAAGCAUCUCCUCGAAGCUGCUGCCACGGAGGACGGAAGAAGUCAAGUGGCCUCAGAUAUACCUUGAGCUGCCUUCUAAUCGUAUACACAGUCAAUAAAUUUGGUAAACUGACUUGAAGUCGGUAACUAAUAGCAUCUCUAAGGGAGAAUUCCAGUCCCUCUAGUAGAGCGAAAUGUCUAGUUUACUGUAAAUCUGACAAAACUAUCCUUUUUCAAGAUUCUGAAAUUGAUGGUCGAGAUCGGCUGUUGUCAUGUUAAUGCAUUUGCUGAAGGGCAAUUUU